CGCUGUUCCUCGUCAUCGAAUCGCCCUCCUUUCCUUUUAUUUCCUCUUCCUUCGUUGCUCUUUCCCUUAUUCUCGGUUUUCUUUGCUCUAUUAACCUUUGUCGUCGUUUAUUGGGUUCCGCUCUUUUACUCCGCCCUCGACCAUAUCUAGGCGCCUGUCGCUAACGUCGGCGCAUCGUCAGCCCUGCUGCAAUAUUCCUGGAAUAAUAAAAAUGGCAGCACCCUCAACUCGACAGUGGGGCGUCACGCCUCCGAUCUCUACUGUCCUACCUACCACAGAUGAGCUGGCUGCAAAUGAUGACUUGAUUGCAGAGCUGAAGGCCCAGAACAACUUCGAAAGUCCCGCGGAGACCGAGCGAAGGAAACAAGUCCUCGAACUGAUCCAGCGCGUCAUGCUCGAGUUCGUCAAAACCGUCAGUCGGAAAAAGGGGCUCUCCGCAGCCGCGGUCGAUGCGGCCGGGGGGAAGAUUUUCACUUUUGGAAGCUAUCGCUUAGGCGUCUAUGGGCCCGGAUCGGAUAUCGAUACCUUGGUGGUUGGCCCGAAGCACGUUUCGAUUGAUGACUUUUUUGCGGAAUUCCCCUCCGUCCUAGAGAAGCUGGCCCCUGCGGGUGCCAUUGAGAAGAUGACCCCAGUUCCAGAUGCCUUCGUUCCCAUCAUCAAACUUGAAAUGUCCGGCAUCAGCAUUGAUCUAAUCUUUGCCCGUCUCAUGGUUCCGUCUGUUCCGAUCAACCUCGACCUAAAGAACAAUGACUAUCUGAGGGGGCUGGACGAACGCGAGGCCCGGUCGCUGAACGGCACCCGUGUAACCGACGAAAUCUUGGAACUUGUUCCUCAGCAGAAGACCUUCCGCUUCGCAUUGCGUGCGAUUAAACUUUGGGCGCAGCGCCGAGCUAUUUACUCCAACAUUGUGGGUUUCCCCGGUGGUGUUGCUUGGGCAAUGCUUGUUGCACGCGUCUGUCAACUCUAUCCGCAGGCUACUGGAUCUGUGAUUGUGGGCAAGUUCUUCCGGAUCAUGAACAAGUGGGCCUGGCCUCAGCCCGUCCUGUUGAAGCCAAUCGAAGAUGGUCCUCUGCAGAUGAAAGUGUGGAAUCCAAAGAUAUACCACGGUGAUCGAUUCCACUUAAUGCCUAUCAUCACCCCCGCUUACCCCUCCAUGUGCGCCACACACAACGUGUCACUGUCGACAAAAUGUGUUUUGCUCCGCGAGCUCCAGCGUGGCGGUGACAUUGUGGAUAAGAUUUUCAUGAAGCAAUUGAGUUGGAGCGAUUUGUUCGCGCGGCACACAUUCUUCACCAAGGACUAUAAGUAUUACCUCAGUAUCACUGCCUCGAGCAAAACCAAGGAAGCAGAGGCCGUGUGGUCCGGUCUCGUCGAAUCAAAGAUUAGACUUCUGGUGGGGGCGUUGGACAGAAAAGCGACUAUCGCAGUGGCUCACCCUUUCCCCAAGGGGUUUGAGCGUACCCACAUCGUCUCCAAUGAGGCAGAGUUAGAACAGGUCAAAAACGGGUCGACUAAAUACCAGGACAAAGGCAUCAAAACCGAAACCACUGACGAGCAGAACGAUGCAACCCAUCAAGCUGUAGCUCUGAAUGGGGUUGAGAGCGAAAACGCUGAAGUUCCGGAGGCUGCUCAGAAACAAGCGAACGGCGACAGUCGGACCAUCUACACCACCACUUACUACAUCGGCCUGGAACUGAAACUCGAGCCAGGUGCGUCCCGGUCGCUGGAUAUUUCCACCGACGCACAGAUCUUCAAAUCGACUUGCACGUCUUGGGCUGGAUAUCAACCCGGUAUCAACGAUCUGGCCGUUACGCACAUUCGCAACUUCGACAUGCCCGACGAUGUCUUCCAACCCGGAGAGACCCGACCAACUCGACCUAAGAAGAAGGUCGUCAAGAAGGCCGACGCCAUCAGCGGUCAGAAGCGCACCCUCGAAACCAUCGACGUAAGUGCAUAUAAGAGCGUUAAGACAAACCACGAUCAGCGAAUCACCCGCCAUGGAUAAUACAGAAAGCUUCCACACAGUGUGUUGGCUGCCGAGUUAGUAUCUGGGAUUUACUGAUAUCAACCGUCUGUUUUCCAGGACCCGUCGCACCCUUCGAAACGCCAGGCAACAUCCAACACUCCCAGCGCCGCAACGCCUGCCUGAGUGGUCUAUCCACUGCAGGUCCGCCCAAAUUCGCUCCGGGGCUGGUCCCCACGCUCUAUUGUGCGCCAGACACGACAGCACUACUGGUUUGAAUCCGUGCGCCGAUCUUUUGGUAUACGUAGAUACAG